AUGUGGAAUCAGAAGCCAUGUUUCAGGUUUAAAAUAAACAACUUCUCGGAGAAGGAAGCUGCCCUGAUGUCAAAGGUGUUCGUGAGUGGCGGAUACGAAUGGUAUAUCUCCCUUCAUCCGAACGGAUUCGAUGGUCUUUGUGAUGAUCACUUGUCUUUGUACCUCAGAGCUACAAAUUCUAAAUCAAUGGGAAGUGGAUGGGAAAGGAUUGCUAAUUUUUACUUCGUUCUGCUGGAUCGAACCAACAAAGAGCUUUACAGAUCAUGUGUCCAAGAGCAGGUAUCAUUCCAUGCAGAUUCUCUGUGCUGGCGUUUCUCCGAGACCUUGCCUCGUAGCAAGUUUGAGGAUUAUUUGUUCCUUGAGGGCGACAAACUCUUUGUUGAAGUCUACAUUCAAAUGGUAGAAUCUUUUGAUGGAGAAAGAGAAGAUGUAACAGAGAAGGAGACUGUGGAUAUCUACGGUUUUCAAGUUCUUGCUUCUCAGGUUGUUGCAGCAAGGAAGAUAUUCUCGGAGCACCCUGACCUCGCAUAUGAUUUCAAACCAAAGAACCAAGUUGUGAGGACGGAAUACAUGAACGUCCUUCUCAACCUCGUUGAGACACUUUACAAGCCUUCACAGGAUCACUCAGAGACUGAUCUACGCAAUGCUCAGAUCGAGUUGAGUGAGCUAGCGGAAGCAGGCUUCAAGCUGGACUGGUUGAAGUCAAAGCUUGAUGAGGUUUCCUUGAAAGGGAAGAAAUCAGGUGCUGAUGAUGUCCAACGACUCGAUGAACGUGUUAAGAAUCUUGAGCUGGUGGAAUUGAACUUAAAGCUGGAUUGUUUGAAGACGAAGCUUGAGGAGGUUUCCUUGGAGAAGAAGAAAUCAGAUGAUGCUGAUGGUUCUCGGGUCAAAGAAAUGGAGGGACGUAUCGAUUCUCUUGAGGCGAUGGUGUCAGAUCUCAAAGUUGAACUGGGCAAGGAGAAGGCCAAAUCUUCUGCUGCUGAUGAUUUUUUGUUGAUCGACUAGGUUGAUUGACGUAGAGAUAUGGUACUAAUAGUCUAGAGAUUUGGCUUUUAUAGAAAUAUCUGCUUUUAAUUAUGUCGAUGGUUUUUUUUUUCUUUUUUAU